GAUAUACAAGAACAUGGCUGCGUGCGUGACGCAAAAGAAAGUCUCGACACAUGUUCGAAUCAUUCUUUAGCGAGUUCUGAGCGCUGACUGAGGAAGUGGCCGCCGAGCUGGACCGGCCGCCAGCUGAGUAGGACGCCGCAGUAGUGGCGCCGGUCACCAUGCCCGCCCAGCUCCGCGCGCACCUCAGCUCAUACUAUGCAUGCAAGUACGUUUGCAAGUCCCCAGUCCCGAGCAGCCAGGCAGCAAACUUGAUCAAGGCGCUCGCAGCCACACGGGAGUUCUCAUUGCUCUGGUGGCCAUGGCGUACAUGGCGUCGUACCGGCUCGGCGGCGAUGAGACCAUUCUGACCACGUACCAGACCACCGUCCUCACACACGGCGCGUUCGCCGCACUCGCGGCGGCAGGCGCGCCUGGUGCUGGCGACAGCCGCUGGGACGGGGAGGAAGGUGGAGUAGACACCAUCAUCGUGAUCCCUGACGAGGAGGACGACACUCGUGAAGGCAUCAUGUGCCGCUUCAGUGCCAAGUCCAGGCUGCGCGCCGUGUCCACUUGCACCUGGACUGGCACGGCUGGCAGCGCUGCAUCCGGUGCUGCGUCUAUUGCGUCAGUGCCUGCAUGUACUGCGUGGUUCCGGUGCGCGCGCACUGUGACAAUCGUUGGUGGCGGCGGCGACUAGGUCAAUGGGACGCGGCGGCACAGUGUUGAGCGCCCACCUCAUGGGUGAUGGAAGGUAUGCGGCGAUGAAAGUGAUGGGACAGCCGUCCGUCCUGCGACAACCUCGAGUCUUGUGACCACCCCCAAGCCUGGAUCCUGUGCGGGGAUGGGAAAAGACAGUCCUCAGCCGACACAACACACCAGGCGAGGUGAAAGCGUCCCUGCCUGGACCAGUCACGGCGACGUUGCUUUGUGCUUUGAUGCUGAUCACGCUAAGGAGGCAG